AUGUCACUCCUUUUUCCACUGUGGUCUGUGUGUCUGAGUCAGAGACAGCCUACAACAGGGUUCUUUGAAUUGAUGGCUCACUCCCAGCCACUCUUGACUGACUGCCAGCUUAGCAGGGCGUAGCUUACCAACAAAUCUUUUUUUUUUUUUUUUUAAAGCCAGACUGAUUCAUAGAAACUCCUUUAAAACACGGUGAAAAGAAACCGCCCAUUACGCACCCCAGUACACCAGCAGGGGAAACUUAUAACCUCGGGAGGCAGGUCCCUCCCCUCAGUGCGGUCGCAUACCUCCAGAAGAGCGGACCAGGGCUGCUGCCAGCACCCGCCACUCAGAGCGCCUCUGUCGCUGGGACUCUCCAGAACUCUUUGCUCACAAGUUACCAAAAAACCAAAAGCCAAGAUGUUGGUAUUGCUGGCUGGUAUAUUUGUGGUCCACAUCGCCACUGUUAUUAUGCUAUUUGUUUGCACCAUUGCCAAUGUCUGGGUGGUUUCCAAUGCGGGAAAUGCAUCAGUAGGUCUUUGGAAUAACUGUACCAACACUUUCUGCAAUGGGACCCUGUUAUACGCCGAUGAAGAUGCCCUGAAGACAGUGCAGGCCUUCAUGAUUCUCUCUAUCAUCUUCUCUGCCAUCUCUCUCCUGGUCUUCGUGUUCCAGCUCUUCACCAUGGAGAAGGGAAACCGGUUCUUCCUCUCGGGGGCCACCAUGCUGGUGUGCUGGCUGUGCGUGCUGGUGGGGGUGUCCAUCUACACUAAUCGUUAUGCGAAUAGCUAUAAAACCUACUACAGGUCGGAAGAUCACCACGGCUAUUCCUAUAUCCUGGCCUGGAUCUGCUUCUGCUUCAGCUUCAUCAUUGGCGUUCUCUAUCUGGUCCUGAGAAAGAAAUAAGGCCAGACGAGUUCAUGGGGAUCUGGGGGGUGGGGAGGAGGAAGCCGUUGAAUCUGGGAGGGAAGUGGAGGUUGCUGUACAGGAAAAACCAAGAUGGGGAGGGGGGAGGGGGAAGAAAAGGGGGAGGUCAAAUCCUAAACCAUUACUGAGGAGAUUGUCUGCUGCCAAGCCCCCACCCUGGGGAGAAAGUAGUUGACUAGUACUUUGAUGCUCCCUUGAUGGGGGCCAGAGAGCCUCCCUGCAGCCACCAGACUUGGCCUCCAGCUGUUCUCAGUGACACACACUGUCUGGGGCCCCAUCAGCUGCCACAACACCAGCCCCACUUCCGAGGUGAAUUCUGGGUCAUGCACUGAGGUCCACAGACCUACUGCACCGAGUUAAAAUAGCGGUACAAGUUCUGGCAAGAGCAGAUAUUGUCUUUGUGAUGAAUACGGUAAGCCUGGAAGCCAUCCUGCCCUUCUGACCCAAAGCAAAACAUCACAUUCCAGUCUGAAGUGCCUCCUGGGGGGCUUUGGCCUGCGAGUCAUUGUCCCUCUUUGGAACAGAUACUUAGCUCUGUGGAAUUCAGUGACAAAAUGGGAGGAGGAGAGAGAGUUUGUAAGGUCACCUUGGUGGGUUAGCUAAACCAAGAAGAAGAGCUUUUCACAAUGGAAAACCUGGGGGAUGCUCAGAGCCCAGUCCAGACCUCACACACGGCUGUCCCUCACGGAGACCUCAAGCUAUGGUCUUUGCUAGGCCUCUCGCUUAAAGCCAAGUCAGUUCUUCUGGAGUUUCUCUAAAGUUACUAGUGAACAAUUCGGUGGUGAAAGUACUACACAAACUGUGGGAUCCAAGGGGCAGUCUCGCAACAGUGCCAUAUUAGGGUUAUAUUUUUAGGAUUCCCCUCAAUGCAGUCAAUGUUUCUUUUAAGUAUACAACAGGAAAGAGAUGGACAUGGCUGCUUGUAGCACAAUCCUAUUACUCUUCCUGUUAACUAUUUUUGAAGAAGUUUUGUCUAAUGAUCAAUAUUGAGGAUCAGGGCUCCUAGGCUCAGUAGUAGCUCUGGCUUAGACACCAGCUGGAGUGAUCACCUCUUAGGGACCCUGCCUAUCCCACUUCACAGGUGAGGCAUGGCAAUUCUGGAAGCUGAUUAAAACACACGUAAACCAAAACCAAACAACAGGCCCUUGGGUGAAAGGUGCUAUAUAAUUGUGAAGUAUUAAACAUACUAUAUUUCAGCCAUGAUAAGAACAGAGUGCCUGCAUUCCCAGGAAAAUGAGAAAAUCCCAUGAGAUAAAUAAAAAUCUAGGUGAUGGGCAGAUCUUUUCUCUAAAAUAAAAAAGGAAAAACUCUUGUAGUACCUAGUCAGAUGGUAGAUGAGCUGCCUGCAGCUAUAUAGGAGGAGGCAGCUAUACAGGAGGCUGCCUGCCUCCUCUAUAUAGGACUUAGAAGUAGUAUGUUAUUCCUGGUUAAGCAGGCAUUGCUCUGCCCUGGAGCAGCUAUUUUAAGCCAUCUCAGAUUCUGUCUAAAGGGGUUUUUUGGGAAGACUUUUUGUUUAUCGCCCUGAGAAGGUCUACCCCAGGGAGAAUCUGAGACAUCUUGCCUACUUUUCUUUAUUAGCUUUCGCCUCAUCCAUUUCUUUUAUACCUUUCAUUUUUGGGGAUUUGUUAUGCCAUGAUUUCUGGUAUUUAUGUAAAAGGAUUAUUACUAAUUCUAUUUCUCUAUGUUUAUUCUGGUUAAGGAAAUGUUGAGGGCAAGCCACCAAAUUACCUGGGCUUGGGUUAGAGAGAUUGGCCAGCAAAAACUGUGGGAAGAUGAACUUUGUUAUUAUGAUUUAAUUAUCACAUGGUUAUAGAAGGCUGUCUUAGUGCAGAAGCAUACUUACAUAUCAGACAUAUCCAAAGGAAAUACUCAAAUUUUGUUAAGAAGUUGAACUAUGACUGGAGUAAACCAUGUAUCCCUUAUCUUUUACUUAUUGUUCUGUGACAUUUAUGUCUCAUGUAAUUUGCAUUAUUUUGGUGGAUUGUUCUAGUACUGUAUUGGGCUUCUUCGUUAAUAGAUUAUUUCAUAUACUAUAAUUGUAAAUAUUUUGAUACAAAUGUUUAUAACUCUAGGGAUAUAAAAACAGAUUCUGAUUCCCUUCA